AUGGUCUCCGUGGUGACUAUACCUGAAACAGCAUACAACGCUAGUAGUUAUGUUGAUGUUAGACGUCGCUCGCGGUUGCUAUCGUAUUUUAUCAAGUUAAGUAAUAGAGCAGCUUUAACAGCCAUAGGAGCAUAUUUAGUAGGUUGGUUUGUUAUAAAGAGACUUUUGGAGACAAAGAAUGAAAGAACAUUAGGCUUAACAACACAUCUACGUGCAGCAUUGAGAGAUGGCUAUUUAAAGAUGAUUGGCUAUGUGGAACAUAUUCCAAUAGUUACGAUGAACAAAAAUGGAAGCCUAUGUGCUGAUGCCGUGAUCCAAACAGACGAUAGCUAUCUUGAUCGUAAGCACCAGGUUGCUAAAGAACAACGUCAUGAAUCUACCAAAUCCCUUGUGGCACUAAAGAAUAAGUUGACCAUGUUAUCUGAUACUUUGGACAAACAAUGUCAGAGUUACCUGGUAUCUGAGAUGCCUCUGUAUGUCAUUGCUGAUAUAGCAGUUAAGAAUCUUCGAAAGAAAGCUGAUUCUACUUAUUUUGCUUACGAUACAGUGUUCACGAAACCUGCGCCGGAUGUUUCUGCAGUUUCUAAUGAACCCAAACGGCCGAUCAAUCUUGUGAGUGAAACAAAGCUUAGUAUCAGAUCCAUAAAGGGUAUGUACAUGUCAGGAAUGGCAUAA